AUGACGGCAUCCAUUGAAAUUUAUAAUUCGAGGAGUUACGGUGUUGUGCAAGAGAAUCAUUGUGGUGUAGAUCUCAUUGUACCGCUUUUUAUUGGAACCAAAGACGAUAAACUAUGCGAAGAUCGUAUUUGGUACAAGCUUGCUUUGCUCCAACUUGUAAUCAGAAAUAUUGAGAAGGGUGUCUUGUUGUCAAUAAAUACAUGGGAUGAUGAGGAACAAAGUGAUGAAGCUAUACUGUUUGUCAAACAAAAAUCAAAACGACCGAUUAAAGAGGAUAAACUCUCGAGCUAA